GCGAGGCAGGGCGGAGCCUGCGGGCGUGCCCCCGCCCCCUCGGCGCCCGCCGCAGUUCUCAACCAGGUCGGACCCCGCCAGUUAUACCGCGGCCCGGCGGGGCUGGCGGCGCGCAGUGUGGUGUGCAGGCGGUGCGAGCAUGUCUGGGAGAGGCAAGGGCGGGAAGGGGCUCGGCAAGGGGGGCGCCAAGCGGCACCGCAAGGUGCUGCGCGACAACAUCCAGGGCAUCACCAAGCCGGCCAUCCGGCGCCUGGCGCGGCGCGGCGGCGUCAAGCGCAUCUCGGGGCUCAUCUACGAGGAGACGCGCGGCGUGCUCAAGGUCUUCCUGGAGAACGUGAUCCGCGACGCCGUCACCUACACCGAGCACGCCAAGCGCAAGACGGUCACGGCCAUGGACGUGGUCUACGCCCUCAAGCGCCAGGGACGCACCCUCUACGGCUUCGGCGGCUAAACUCUCUUCUCAUACCAUACACUGUUAAACAAAGGCUCUUUUAAGAGCCGCCCACGAAUUUCACAACGAGAGCUGUUGAUUAUUAAAAAGUAGUAGUUACAUAAUAUCACGACAUCUUUUG